AUGCCUCGUAGCAGGGAAGGCUUCCAGUGGACUCCCACAUCAGUCACCGUCGGUCUCGAGACCCAGGCAGUUAUCCCCAGCACCCCUGAGUCCGAGCUUAAAUCUUCAUACGAUGUGAUUGUCAUCGGCGCUGGCUAUACUGGCCUGACUGCAGCACGCGAUAUCUCCCUCGCUCAUGGCUCCAACGUUCUGCUGGUCGACGCACGCGAUCGCAUUGGAGGCCGCACCUGGACUGCCUCAGCUCUGGGAGAGAACUUUGAGAUGGGAGGCACCUGGAUCCAUUGGAACCAACCCCAUUUCUUCGCACAGGCGUACAGAUAUGGCCUUGACCGGUUUAUCAAGACAUCAAGUGGCACCGAAAAGCCGGAGAAAGCCAUAUACAAAGCAGCGACCGGAGCUCCCCAUGGGAUCGACGUCCAGGCAAUGGAUGACAGCAUGGAGAAGAUCGGACAGGCUUUCUUCAGCCCUGACGGACUCACCAGCCGCGAACUCAUGCCCUAUCCCCACGACCCAUUCCGGGCACCAGCGCUGUGGACGCGGUAUGACGAGCUCAGUCUGAAAGACCGGAUGGAUCAGUUACCUGGGUUCUCUUCGCCAGACAAGGAGCACUUCGAGGCGCUGAUGACCAGCAUUGGCAGUGCACCUGGAACCGAUAUUGGAUUCGUCGAGCCCCUUCGCUGGUUUGCACUGGGCGGGCACACAGUAUCUGGCAUGUUUGAGAUUAUCGAGACUUUCAAGCUGGGAGCCGGAGGACAGACUGCGCUGGCUCGGAGCAUGCUGAAUGACUAUCGUGGCCAUGUUAAGAUGCAGAUGCCCGUUAAGACGAUUGACCAGAGUUCCAAGGGCGUUGUGGUUACUUCGUCCACUGGAAGGGCUUUCGAAGCAAAAUAUGCCGUGUGCACCAUUCCCCUAAAUGUACUUCAGGAUAUCGAAUUCAACCCUCCGUUCAGCCCCCUGCGCCAGGAGGCCAUCCAGAAAGGACACAUGAACAAGGGGGCGAAAUUCCACUUCAAGCUGGAUAAACCUGAGUUUCCCUGGCUUGCAAUGGUGAAUGCAUAUGGCAGUUCCUCCUGGGUGCUCGCAUUCUCCGACCACAACGGCACCGGCAAGAACGAGGGAAGCGGCAAUUACGCCAUCGGAUUUGGGUAUAACGGACACCUUGGGACUCGCGAGGCUAGUGAUGAGAUAGUUUCCAGCUUCAAUCAGUAUGUUCGGCCUGAUGUCAAGGUAGCCUCGUAUUUGACUCAUGACUGGGUGAAUUACCACUGGUCCAAGGGAGCAUGGAGUACCUGGGGCCCGGGGGAGAUGUCCAGGUACCUGUCUGAGCUGCAGAAAGACCAUGGACGUGUUCUCAUGGCCAGCUCCGACUGGGCUGAUGGAUGGCGAGGAUUCAUUGACGGGGCUAUUGAGAGGGGGACCGUCGCUGCGAGGAGCGUGGGGGAGCGUCUGUCCAGUACUGCCACUCUGGUUUCGAAGCUAUAA